CCUCUUGGGGAGGAAGCUUAUUCCAAGUAAAUUCCUAAAGAAUCAGCUGAAAAAAACCACUAAAAUGUUCUUUCACUUGGUUUGCUACUCCCUGCCAAAUGUGUGUGCAUGCCAGGUCUUGAGCCUGGUACUGGAGCUGAGCCUUGAAGGAGGAAUUGAAACAAUGGAUACAAAUGCAAGUAAUAAUACAAUAUACAUAUACAAACAAGUAGAAGUCCAAUUUACAUAGAGGGAAUGCAUGAAAACACAGCAGCAAAUGCAAAUUCAGAACAAUACAGGGUACUACAAGCCAAAUACAUAUGAACACAAUAUAACCAUUUUUCUAUUUCUGAAAAGGUGAAUACACCUUGCUUUAUUGAUACAGGAGACCACAAUAUAAGCCAAAACAGGUACACACAGUAUAAGCACACACUGUAAGCCAACAUAAUUACAUGCAAUAUAAGUACAUACAAUAUAAGCCAACAUUUAAGGAAAUAACAUAAAAAAAUAGGGGUACCCAUAGCAAGCAUAUGUAUAAGCUGUCUUUAUUUAAAGAUCCGCUUUAAUGGACAUUUUGUGGAACCACUCUGAGGGCAAGGUCCAAAAAGCUUUGUUAACCCCUUGUCCUCCACUGGUUGGGCAGCAUCUGACCCCAAUGCUCAAGGGCUGCAUGGAGAUUCCUCCCUGGAGUGGGCUUACCCCUUGAGGAUGAGCCACAAAGAUUUGAUUGUUGGACUGGUUGAGUAACUAUUUCUACUUAGUAAUUGUUUUUGCUGGCUUUAAUUCCAUGGCUGCAGUGUUCCUUCAGAUGUCAUGCCCUGCUCCAGCAGUUAUAGCUCCUGUGCUGGGCAGGGAAUGCUUCUGGGGAAGGGCUUUCAGUCUCAUUAGUUCCCAUUUAAAUCAAUCAAGCUAUAUCUAAGUACUGGUGGCCAAAGGUUUUACCACUUGCCUCUGAUUCAUCCGGCAUUGGCCGGAGAUUUGUGGGAGCUGGUGGACUGUUCUACUCCUCAUUAUUUCCCAAACAGAAUUUGGCUAACUAGAAGAGGCACAGAUGAUGCCUGCAAUUUUGUGACAUGAAGAAACAGGCUGUCACUGGAGGGUCCCAGACCUUUGCUUCCUCAGCCUCUGCAGAUCUGGCACAUGGAAAACCCAGAGGCACUGAAUUAUCCCACUCAAGCAGCCAAAUGUUAACAACCUCUCCAAAGCCUAAUUUCCCUUUGAUAUAGACUUAAUUGUUUGCGUCACCUACUGGGCUGGGGGAGGGCUAUAAAAUGGCUUGCAACAAUUGACUGAGGCAGAAGAGAGUCCAGGAACAGCUCCCUCUACCAGUGUUCCUAUCUCAGCACUAGUGACAAGCUGAGCAUCAUGCAGCUGGUGGCCAGCCUGGUGUCCGUGCUGCUGCUGGUGUGGAGUGUGAGAGCCACGACGCUGCCCGGGGAAGAGAGACUGCAGAGCACCAGGGAACGGAGUACCGUCCACAAGGACGUCAUUCUGAAGAUGCUGGCAGGGCUGCUGGACGGCAUGGAUGCGGGCAGCGAGGCAGCCUUGCCGGAUGGGGAGGAGGAGGAGGGCAAGCUGCAGGAGGAGCGGGCAGCGCUGGGGCGGCUUGCCCAGCUCCCGCAGCGAGACCGCAAGGCGCCCUGCAAGAAUUUCUUCUGGAAAACCUUCACCUCCUGCUAGUGCUGCCCGGCCUGGCCUUGCCAGCCUGCAAACACCUUCCCACAACUCAUCUUCCUUGUCCACCCAGCUCAUUC